AAGGGGUUAAUGCUGUCAAAGUUGAAACCUUUCUUCAGGGUUGGAGGGAGAGUGAUGAUUGAUGAAGCUGAAGAGGCUUAAUCCUUCGCGUAUUAGGGAUUUUGUGUCUUUCUCCAACUCAAUUCAUUCUUCUUACCCUUUAACAAUAAUUGGGGUUCACAAUCUCAUUCAAAGCUUCAAUCUUUUUCAAUUCCUCCCAAAAAUUAUCGUCUAAGUUUAUAACUUUUGUAUAUAUUCUUCGUUUUGCUUAAAAAAAUGGGGGAAGAAAUUCAAGUUCCAAGGGGUGGCCCUAUUUACACGAUCAAUAUGAUCAGUCCUCUCACUAGAGUUCCUGAAUUUGAGGAUGCUCUUCUUCGCCAACUUGAGGACUUCGAAGCUGAAUUGUGUUUGGAUUCCUCUCAACUUUGUGACGAUGACUUUGACCUUUCGGUUGAUGAACUCAAAGUUUAUACUGAAGAAGAGUUGGUGGAGAUGGCUUUAAAGGAAAGUUUUAAGGAUGUGGAGAAUGCUGAGAAAUCUUCCCAACCUUUACAAGAUUACUCCAAUGCAGGGGGAAAUUUGGAAAGGUCUGAAAGAGUGAAUACUUCAAAUUUUGAUUCCUCAAUCAGAUCUCACUCGGAAACAAAUUGUAAAGAGAUUGUGAUUAAAAAGAAGUCAAGGAAGAGGAAGAAGAAGGAAAAUCACUUGAUAGAUAGUUGUAUUCAAAAGGUGGAGCGGCUGGCUUCAAUAAAACAAAAGCAAGAUGAAGACAAAGCUGCAGCAAGACUUCAUUCAUUCAACUCUAGUUGCAAAAGUAACGAACUUGCCAUUCCAUCUUCAGAUAAAAUUGAAAGGUUUCAAUCCCUCAGGUCUACAAAUUUUGCAAAGCCAAGGUCAUCGGACAUUCAGGAGCAUGUACCUGUGCGAUAUCCUGAAAUUGUUCUCUGUGUUGAAGUUUAUCAUAACAUACGAAAAUGGGUAAAGACUCAAGAGUUCUUGGUACUAGGACGACAAACCUUGACUGAAUUGAGAGAUAAAAUUUAUUGCUUGACAGACCAAGUGAUGCAGAAGGCUGGAGAGCAUGAUCCUUCCGGAUAUUUCUUGAUAGAAGAUGCAUUUUACAAUGAUUUAAGAGAUCCCUCUGCCAUAGAUUAUAGCAAACCUAUAUUUGAUUGGCUUAGGAACUCCAAGGAUGAAGCUCUUAAAAAAUGGGAAUGCAUCAUAAAUGGUGAAUUACAGCAAAAGCAGAAGGCAAUCCUUGGUACUGUGUCAACCUCACAUUUGCCUCACUUCAGAGCUUUUGACAUGCACACAACAUGGUUUCGUGACUUGAGAUUUCGACUUGGUGCAGCAUAUCUCUACUGUCAUCAGGGAGACUGCAAGCAUACGAUAGUAAUUAGAGAUAUGAGAUUGAUUCAUCAGGAGGAUAUGCAGAAUCGAGCAGCUUAUCCAAUAGUCAUAUUUCAGCUAAAACCACGUACACAGAAAUGCAGUGUUUGUAGGAUUUACAGAGCAAAGAAGGUAGCUGUGGAUAACAAGUGGGCUCAAGAGAACCCUUGUUAUUUCUGUGAUUACUGUUAUUCCCUUCUUCAUUCAGUGGAUGGAAUUCCACUGUAUGAAAAUUGUUCAGUGUAUGAUUAUCUCCAUGAUUAAUUACUCGCAUAGAAAUACUUAACAUAUUGAAGAUAACCUCCAUUUGUUAUCCAUGCUUUUUUUUAUGAUUAAGAUGAGUUGCUACGUUGGCUGUAGUUGCUGUGAUUAUAACUUGUAUGUCAUAACUGAAAAAAAGGUUCGAUUUUCAAACGGUAAUGAAGUAGGAAACAACUCAACCGAUUGUAUUGUAGUUGUAUGGCUGGUGGCUUCUGGAGUUUGGUUUUGGUAAAAACAUGAGGCUAUCACUGAGUGUUGGGACAAUUUUAGGUUGUCUUUUGCAAAAUCAAUUUGAGUUUACACUUUGGGCUCCUUGCACAAGUAAAUGGAUUAUGGUAGACUGAUGGCUAAUUCUAUGACAGUUUUAUCUGGUUUUUAUAUGCAGUAAAAUGCUUCAAAUGACUUCAAAGUGGCUGAAAAUCUUGUAACUUAGAUGACUUCUU